CCCUUCCAAACACCCCAAAAAUCCACCUAAACCCUCACUCCCCUGCCCCUCACACUCCCCCUACUCAAACCCCCCUCCUCACCCCCUUUCCAACCCACCCUCUCCACAACCCCCCAGCCCCUCUUCCCACUGAAAUCCUUCCAAAAUCGCCCAAAGAACAAGGAAGCCAAAGAUGUGUAAAUAAACGACAGAUUUCUAUUGGGCUAAGCGCCUCUUUGACUCUAGUAGAGGAUCGCAAGGGGAAGAGGAGGGAGAAGACAGGGAGAGAGGAAGGAAGAGGGAAGUAGGACUGGUGGGCGAGGGGGGAAGAGGAAGAAGAAAGAAAGGAAAGACCCAAGGAAGGUUAAGAAUUUUAUACAGACGUAUGGGUAUAUUAAUCUCUCAAAUUCUUUCUGAGAGAAAGAGAAUCAUGCUCAGAGGCCUAAAUAAAUGAGUAUUUAAAGCCCAAUCUUUGGCCAAGAUUAGCCCUAAAAGAGCUGAGUUUAGGCAAGAUAAGGAUAUAAGAAGUUUAUCCAAAUCUAAAAGAGAUUCACUUGUUCUAAUUCCAAGAUUUGAUACUUCAUUCAAAAAGCAGAGACAUAAUUUAAACAAAACACUUAUUGUUCAUCCUCACAAAGGUAUCUCUAAGGAAAGAAAAAUAUUUCAUAAACUUGAAAUGAAAUCUUUAAAACCAGAUGCAAGCCAGAAUAGGUUAAAAGCAAGACCUAAUAAGCUUUCUAGAUCACUAGAUAUAUCUUUAUCCUCUAAAAAGGAUAAAUCCAUUCAUAAAAGCAAUGAAAAUAUUUAUCUCUCACCUUCAAAAACGGGCUCAACAAAGAAGAGCAUCAAGAAGAAAAUUUCUCACCCACUGCAAAAUACUUUAGGGAGAAGAAAUAACCUCAAGAAGAAAAGUAAAGGGCAUAAAUCACCCCAUAAAAAAUUGAAAGGAAAAGUAAAGCAACUUCUUCCUGGAGAGGACACUCAUGAAGGUCUAAGUCCUCAAAGGAGUUUAUUGUUCUAUCAAUUUACUCCUAGAAUGAGCGAGGAAGAAGAAUGUGUUCCUAAGAUAAACCUGAGGAUCAAGCAAGACUAUCAAAAGCAUGUUAAGGAGUCUUUAGCCAGGAAGCUCAAUACUAAAAUUAAUCAAAAACUUAGAGAUAAGUACAAAAGCAAGAAAGUGCUACUCCCUUCAACUACUAAGAAGAAAUUAGCUGUAUUUGAUCUUGACGAAACCUUAAUCCAUUCCUUCCACGAGAAGAAUAUUGACUCUGAUACAGGAAGCAGCAAGCCUAUUGAGGCGGAUACUGUGCUUAUAUUUGACGAAGACCCUGAGAAUCUACUUAAAUUACCCAUCAACAUAAGACCUUUUGUAAAAGAGUCUUUGAGAGAAAUCCGAAAAUAUUAUCAGAUAAUAAUCUUCACAGCUUCUGAAAAGACAUAUGCUGAUAAAAUUCUAGAUUACAUUGACCCACAGAAUGAGUUCAUCGAGAAGCGUCUCUAUAGAGAUAGUUGAGUGCAGACUAGAGAUAGGUACUACCUAAAAGACCUUAACAUCUUCGAAGACCAAUGGGACCUCAAAGAUAUAGUUCUAAUAGACAACAUGUCUCUAUCAUUUGGGCAUCAGAAUAAUAACGGAAUUCCAAUUCUACCGUUUUAUGAUAAUAAGCAAGACAAUGAACUACUUCACCUAGCUCAAUAUUUGAAAAGAUUAGCAAACAAAUAUGACAUCAGACCAAUGCUAAGAGAAACAUUCUGGCUUGAAAUGCUCUACCACCCAAAAGUAGUAGAUACUAUUGGAGAAUAUGUAGAAAUCUCAAUCAAAGAAAUUGAUGAUUAUGAGCUAGAGCAGUUGCAGAAAAUUACAGAUACUUUACAAGUAGGGCACAAAGCAGUCGCUGAUGAUAUUGAUUUAAGCAAAACUCAACCUUGUAUUAAGCUUGAUCAUUCUAUUCAGCUUACAUUAUUAGAUAAUCCAGCUCUGGCGUCGAAAUAUUCAUUUUAAGAAUGAAAUUAGCGAAUCUUCUGUUCAAUGCAACACAGAAAUAUUUCAAGAGAACUCAGUCCCAUUCAGACUUCCUGCAAUUUCCAUAUCAGAGAGAAAGGUUUUCAGGAAAUCAAGUCCUCUUCUAAAAGAGAAUGAAAACCUUGAAUUGAUCGGCAAAAAACUGCGCCACAUGCUUUCCAAAUCUGGUAGAAAUAAAUCGAAUGAACGGUUAUCUAGCAGGAAGAAAAAUUGAACAUAA